AUGGACCAAGCAGACAUCCCCGCGCUCCUGUCGCGACUCGCCAGUGACGAGGAUGCCGCCAGGAAAAUGGCCGUCUUCAAGCUGCAGUCCUCCAUCAACGAUCCCGCUUUUGCAGACGUUUUCAUAUCUUCCGGCGGACUGGUUGUGCUACGCCGUCUAAUCAUGAGCGCUGGAGGAAACACACUGGCGUACUCGCUGCAGAGUCUCACGCGUCUUUUGGAGGUGGAUAUGGGCUGGGAGAUUUUUGAGGGCUCGUCGUCCGGUGACUUAGUCGAGCGCAUCGUCGAAUUGAUCGUAACGAACCCCCUCGUCAACAUUUUGCGAGGCGCCAUGUCGAUUCUGGUCGCAAUCGUUGCACACUCGCAAUCCUCCGGCCGGCCCAAUACCCCGCGCACUCCAGGCUCAUUCGGUUUCAGGGCGCUGAAGCCAGCCGUCGCCGUGUACCCGCAAUUCUUCGAGCUCGUCAUCUCACAACUGCAGUCCGCCGACCACGCCCUGUGCGCCAACGCGCUCAUGCUCAUCAAUGCCAUGAUCAGAGACGCCGUCUCCAGCGACAGCAGCACGAAGCCGGGGUCGCCUGCUAUGGAGGAGUGGUCCAAGUUUAUCAAGCGUUUGCAGGACUUGGGCCUGAUCAAGGCCGUGUAUAAUCUCAUGCAGAGCUCUUCAUUGCAAGAUCUCGCGCACCCACUGCUCGAAUUUCAGUCCUUGACCAAGGUUCUACUAAGAAAGUGGCGCGAGGUGAGGGUUGACCUGGAGAGGCCUGAACACCGACGCGGCCUGAAGGGUUUACAUCUGGCGAGCAAUCCGGAGAAGCAGGUCAAUGGGCAUUCAAGACUGGAUGAGCUGAAUGAGGGCAAAAAGGGGAGCCGACGACACAACCCUGAGAAGUGGAGAAGACUUGGCUUCGAGACGGAGAGCCCCGCGCAGGAAUUCGAAGUGCCUGGGUUCCUGGGCAUGAUGGAUUUGACCGACUACGUGCGCAAGAAUGAGGACAGCUUUCAGAAGCUGCUGUUGGAGCAGUCGACAAAACACCGAAGUGAGCGGUGCCCGGUUGCGAGAGCAAGUCUUGCUGUCACCAUGAUCCUCUACGAUCACUUCGAGGUUGAAAAGUCGGAGAUUGAGGACACGAUGAAGAGCUAUCAAGGCUUGGACGGUAUUAAGAAUAACGAGAAGCUUUUCCGACCGCUCCUCCUGCAGUGGUCGAGGCUACACACCGCUGGCUUGCAGGCUUUCUUCCGCGUUUGGAAAUCCACGGCUGCAGAGCAACUGGACUUUGAGAAGGUCGCAGAGCUUGUUCGCAUCCUCAUUGAGCAGGUUGUCGGUCAAGCUGUCAGAACGAAGGACGUAGUGGAGGUGGAAGAGGAGCUCUUGGAGUACGACUGCACCAGGCUACGUGAACUUCAGAUGGAGCUGCUUGAGCUGUCUUUUGAAGAUCAAUGGGGUCAACAUUUGUAUCAAGUCCGAGAGGAGUUGAGACAAGAGGCUCUCCAGUUUGUCAAGGAGCAGCGCAUCAGGUGCCUACUUCAAGGUUCAUGGUUCUCGAAGCCGCUACCCCGCCGAGACACCAACCCUCGAGACGAGACCAAGCGCCGGCUGUAUACGCCACGGCCCUGGCGGUUUGCCAAGCUGUCACACAACAGGAGAUACCUCCACUACGCCGACUUCGAAACUCAGACAUCACAGGACCCCGGCCUGGAUAUUCUGACAGAGAAGGUUGACCUCAGCACGAUCAGUUCAGUGGUGUCAAACGUUUCUGCAUCCAACGAAGACACUCGAAGCGCGACUAGUAGUUCGACGCUCAAGAACACCGCGACGGUGAAGUCGACAACCAAGAUUACAAUCUUUAGCUACGUCAACCCCGCUGAGGCAGCCAAGGGCGGCGAUGCCAAGGAGCAGGCCAUCCUGACGCUGUACCCUGUGACCCAUAGUCUGGCGUCAGAGUGGCUCGAUGGCCUUCUGAUGCUGCUCAACCAGGCGCCAAUCACUGCUGAGACGAACAAAUUGGUCAACCUGGUUAGUGACUUUGGUCUGAAGAUCAGGCUGCUGAACGUGAGGAUAGAGGCUGCAUACACUGGCCCUCCUCCAGGGGCUGGCGUCGUCCCUAGCCGGGAAGGUCUAGAUGAAGACUACUUCUACGAGGUUUGA